AUGGUCCUGAUAACAGGAGAGUGGGGCCCUGAUUUUUGUGAUUCCCUCGGCCAGAACUCCGGCCUAGACCAAGGGCGGCAGCUGAGCCGGCAGCGCGUCCCGCACCCCGACGGCGGGCUCUGGCACUGGACUCACCUCAAUCUGGGCAUGGACCUGUGUCUCUACGGCCGCCACUACAUCAUCUGCGACUGUGAUGCCUUUACUAAGAACUUCCUGCUGAGCGAGGGAACAGAGUUGGAGAAACCCCUCCCAAUUCCCGUUGAUCCGUACAACGUCCUUAGGAAGUCCCGGGCAGAAUCCCCUUCCCGCUGGUCUGACCUGCGCCCUCAUUCGGCUCCUCUGGCGCCUUCGGGGCUGAGGGGCCUCGUUCUGAAGUUUGAUGCCAUGGUCGAGGAGUCCGAGGGAGGGCGCCCCGCCGCCAGCCCCGCCGUGGUGCUGUACCGACCGGAGGACAAGACGGUGGAGCUGCGCCGCCCGUCGCACCUCGACCACACCGAGAUCAAGAAGUUCAGCCCCGUCAUCCUCAGAGCCGUCAGAGUGCCUAAGUAUGACACGAGGAAGGCUGGAUUUGUAGACAUCGGGGAAGAGGAACAAAUGGAGGUCUGGUUAACGCCGCGAGAUCUGGCGCCACCAACUUCUGUCACUAUAUUUGGAAGGCGAGUGAUGGUGACGGGGUGUGACGACCAGACGAGGCGGUUCCUGCUGGAGUACUACGGAGUGGAAAACGCGCCCGGCAUGAAGCAGAUUGAAACCACCAAGGCCGACGAGCGCGGGUCCAGCGGCAGGACGCAGUCUGACAUCGUGCCCCGGCCCCUGGUCCGUAGGGGCAUCCUGGACCCGCGCGACGCCACGGUCCUUCGCUUUUCGGCUCAGCUGGACACGCCGGACAAUAAAGACAGAGAUCGAAAUUUCAUCCUGAUUUACCACGUUGCUGAUGCUACUGUAGAAAUUAAAGAACUGGCUCGACCAGGAGGAUUGGGAGGCCGUGUUCUGUCUCGAUCUAAUGUGCCAAAGCCACAACCAAAAGGAGACGAACGAGGUGCCGGACGUUAUGCAAGCGAAGACGUCUAUACACUGAAUGAUCUCUAUAUUGGUUCAAUUCUCGACGUGUGGGGUCGUAGGUAUGGGAUAACAGGAGCUGACCGGUAUGUGCUGAGUUACGUCCGUCAGCACGCAGAAGAGAUUUCUCCGAAGGUACUGUCGUCCCUUGCCACGUUCUUCGGGGAAGAAUCUCAAAUUGCUGCCGAAGAGAAUCAGUUACACGUGG